UUGCCCGUUAUCUUCCCCACCGCCACCUAUUUAUAAACCGUUUUCUCUCUUCCUCAUUCAAACAGAUCAACGGCCACGAUGCGUCCAUUCUUCUGCCUCCUCGCAAUCCUCGCCGUCCUCCUCCAUCUGGCGGCCGCCGCACGCGGUGGGCUGGCCGGCGGAUGGAAGCCGAUUAAGGACAUCAACGACCCCCACGUGAAGGAGAUCGCGGAGUUCGCGGUGUCGGAGUACAACAAGAAAUCCGGGACGAAGCUGGAGUUUCAGAGCGUGGUGAAGGGCGAGACUCAGGUCGUCGCCGGCGAGAACUACAGGCUCGUUAUCGCCGUCAAGGAUAACGCGGAGGCGGCCAAGUACGAGGGCGUCGUGUAUGAGAAGAUUUGGGAGCAUACUAGGGAAUUGCUCUCCUUCGAUCAAGUCAAGGAGUAAUGCAUGUUCAUCCAACCCAAUUUCUAGUUCACUGUUUUUAUUAUUUUUAGUUAUAAUAGAGAAUUAAUAGAGAUUAAUGUUUGAGAUUCAGAGACCGAUUGUUCUUGAUUGUCUGGUAAUGUUGUGCGACUAAUUUCGUUUAUCUUCCUUUGAUAUUUUCGA